AAGCGUCAAGAACCCCCAAACUAUCCCCGACAUUUAUUAUUCCCAGGCUGAGGCUUCCCACUUUUUGAUUGAUACUGACAGCACUAUGCACUCACUUUCUUUUUUGGAUCAUAGUGAAAAACAAAUGUUAUUGUACAUUAAUCUCAGAGAUAACAUUUUCUAUCAAUGCAUUUAUGAGAUAGUUGUCGUUAGCUUGCUCGAAUAUAACGUUCGAUGAGUUACACGUUUCAUAUCUAAUUCUAUCGGCUGAGAUUAUGUGCUUGUUGUUGGCUUUCUAUAUACAGCAUUCGCACUAUUAAUUACUUUUAUUUUAAAUUUUAAAAGUUACGAAGCUAACGUACUACUACUAUAGUACACGACCCGGUAGUCACAUGACCUCUUCAGAAGGAAGUGCUCCGUUCUGUUUUGCCGAAUGCGGAAGUAAAUUGGGCAUAGACUCGUAUUAAAUUGAAGUAAGACCAAACCCAUCGUUAUUUAUGAUAUCUUGCGCGUCGUUUUCAUAAACAACAAAGAGUGCAUUGGCAAAUGUUUUCUCGUAGUUCGUGUCGCUUGCGUUCCGUCUUUUCCUGGGUAGUUUACAGCAACCUUAAAAGAGGACGGCGCAGGACAAUCUCAGGACACAGCAAAGCAAAGCAUGGGAACAUUUCAGUGACCCAAACAAGACGCCUCUCCCACAAAGAAAUUGGAGAGCUGUACGAAAACCAUUCUGUUCAAAUGUAUCUCCGGCAUCUCAUGGAGAAUCACCAAGCUCUCGGCCAGAUGUUGCAUCGUGCAAACCUAAGUGAAGCUGACAGGAAAGUAAUGGUGAUGAAACACGCUGAGGUGCAGCCUUUGGCAAAUGUCUUUCACAAUGUUGAACAGGCGCUGAAAGAGCUUGACGAAGUGCAGUCCAUUUUGAUUUCACCAAAUGGUUCGAAAGAUGAAGCUGAACAGUUUGCUCAGCUGCUGAAGGAAGAGGAAGCACUUAUCUCAGACAGGGUUUCAGCCUUAAAGAAAGAGUUAAUCAAAGCUCUAAUGCCGACUGACCCUCUGGACUCAAGUAAUGUUCUGCUGGAGGUUGUUGCAGGACGCACAACAGGAGGUGAUAUAUGUCAACAAUUCACCAGAGAAAUGUUUGACAUGUAUCAGGGUUUUGCCGCUUACAAGAACUGGGAUUUUGACACGUUGAACUACACGCCUGCCGACUACGGUGGUUUGCAUCACGCGGCUGUGCGCAUAGCUGGGGAGAAUGUGUACAGACAUCUCAAGCAUGAAGGGGGAACACACAGGGUGCAGAGGAUUCCCGAGGUGGGCCUGUCCUCCAGGAUGCAGCGCAUCCAUACUGGAACCAUGACUGUGAUCAUCCUGCCUCAGCCUGUUCAGGUGGAUGUAAGCAUCGACCCUAAAGAUCUGCGUGUUGACACGUUCAGAUCUCGAGGCGCUGGGGGUCAAAGUGUCAAUACAACGGAUAGUGCUGUACGCAUUGUUCACCUUCCCUCAGGUAUUACAGCAGAAUGUCAACAGAGCCGCUCUCAGUUGCAAAACAGAGACACUGCCAUGCGUGUGCUAAAGGCCCGCCUCUACCAGAGCAUGAUGGAUAAAGAGACCGAGCAGACUCAUUUGGCACGUAAGGAGCAGGUGGGAACACGCUCGCAGUCAGAAAGGAUUCGCACCUACAACUUCAGCCAGGAUCGAGUCACAGACCACCGUAAUGGCUACGUUUGCAGAGAUAUUAAGGAGUUCAUGCGAGGAGGAGAAGCCCUUGAUGACCUCAUCACGAUCGUCAUGGAACACGCAGAAAGGGAAGCUCUUCUGGACCUGGUGGAGAACAGCAGAAUAAGUUUGUACUCUUCUGCAGAUUGACACAGGCCACAGCUGCCUGUCAAGUUUGGGGCUUGAUAGUUUGUUGAAACGGGGAUAUGAGGCGUAAUCACAUUGCAGUUUAUUUCAUUUUUUUGUGUAAAUAUGUAUAUAUUUACAUUUUGAGGAUAAAUGUUUUAUUUGUAGA